AUGGCACCCAUUGUGGUACCGCUACCAUUGCCUGCCCUCCCUGAGGGCUGGGAAGCCGAGAAGGACUUCAAGCCGGUCGGAAAGAUCACUCAGGAUGGGGCGACGCAGCGCACUCUGGAACCUAUCGGCCCUCACUUCCUCGCUCACGCCCGCCGCGCCCGGCACAAGCGCACCUUUUCCGAAGAUGACCGGAUACAGGCCCAGGAGCGCGCCAAGAAGGUCGAAGAGGACAACGACAGCGAGAUCAGCGAGCCCGAAGACCCCAUCAUGCUUCAGCGGGAUGCCAAGGACUGGAAGACGCAAGACCACUAUAAGGUGCUGGGGCUUUCCAAAUACCGGUACAAGGCGACCGAGGAGCAGAUUAAGCGUGCGCACCGGAAGAAGGUGCUAAAGCACCACCCCGACAAGAAAGCUGCUGCAGGCCGCGCCGACGAUGACAACUUCUUCAAGUGCAUCCAGAAGGCCACCGAGGUUCUGCUGGAUCCCGUCAAGCGUCGACAGUUCGACUCGGUCGACGAGGAGGCCAACGUCGACCCGCCGACCAAGAAGCAGUUGGCCAAGGGCAACUACUACAAGCUCUGGGGCAAUGUAUUCAAGUCGGAAGCCCGCUUCAGCAAGGUACACCCUGUGCCGUCAUUUGGCGACGAGAACUCAACAAAAGAGGAGGUAGAAAACUUCUACAACUUCUGGUACAACUUUGACAGCUGGCGGACGUUUGAGUACCUGGACGAGGACGUGCCGGACGACAACGAGAACCGCGACCAGAAGCGGCACAUGGAGCGCAAGAACGCCAACGCGCGCAAGAAGAAGAAGGCCGAGGACAAUGCGCGUCUGCGCAAGCUGCUCGACGACUGCUCGGCGGGGGAUGAGCGCAUCAAGCGCUUCCGGCAGGAGGCCAACGCGGCCAAGAACAAGAAGCGGCUCGAGCGCGAGGCGGCCGAGAAGAAGGCGGCCGAGGAGGCCCGGCUGAAGAAGGAGGCCGAGGAAAAGGCCGCCAAGGAGGCUGAGGAAAAGGCAAAGGCCGAGAGAGAGGCGAAUAAGAAGGCCAAGGAGGCAGCCAAGAACGCCGUCAAGAAGAACAAGCGUGUUCUGCGCGGGUCGGUCAAGGACGCAAACUACUUUGUUGAGGGCGACGCCCCAGCGGCGACCAUCGAUGCUGUCCUGGGCGAUGUCGAACUGGUGCAGUCCAAGAUCGAUGCCGACGAGAUUGCCGCUCUGGCUGGUAAGCUCAAUGGUUUGAAGGUGGCCGACGAGAUCAAGGGUGUCUGGAAGGAAGAGGUUGAGCGGCUUGUUGCUGCUGGGAAGUUGAAGGCGGGUGAGGUCAAGACGCUUGUUGCAUGA